GAUCUCUCGCCGCCAUUUCCCUCGCAUCCCAGCCUAACUUCCAAGUUCCAACCAGCAACUCCGGACCAGUCUGUGUCUUUCGCGAUACCCCCUCCUACGAAGUACAUUUUAUUUUCAACGGGCGAUGCGACGCUGAAUAGCAGCGGAAAUGGCGCCGUCAAAUUCGCUUCACUCGCCGUCACCCGCGGCGCUAUCGUUUCUGAACUCUCACUUUCAGCGGCUCGAUGACCUCUCGCUCGCGCCGAACCUCCUGAGAAAUCUCUCAUCGGAGAUUAAAGACCUAAUUUCUCGCAAAGAGGAUCUCUGCUCGUCUCUCGCCUCGUCAUUGCAGCCUGCAGAAGGCGACAACGCCCGAACCAGCAGCUCCAGGCUUGGAUCCGAGCCUGAGGCUGGUCCGGAUGUUUCAGACACCAUUUCAUCCGUGGCUAAUCGCGCGCUCCAAUCCAUAGCAGCCACGUCAGAGCGAAUCGAAGAAUGCCACUUGCGCGCCUCCGUGGUGGCUGCUGACGUGCAGCCGAUGGUGGAUCGGCUUGCCAGGCUGGCAGCUGAGGUGGCGAGAUGCGAGAGGGUGAGGGGAUACGUGGAAGUGGUUCUAGGGUUUGAGCGGCAGGUGGGGGAGGCGGAGGAGAAGGUAGGAUUAGGUGUGGGAUUAUGGAGGAAAGAAAUGGGCUCUGCUGCUGCUUCCGCUGCCUCUGCUGCUGCUUCCGCUGCCUCUGCUGCGGCUCUUUCUGCUCCUCCUGCUGCUGCUGCUGCUGCUGCUGCUGCUGCUGCUGCUGCCCCUGGUACUUCCGCUGGUGCAAGUGCUGCUGGCCUCAGUUCCGGGAAGCAACCGUUUCGAAACCCUAAGCUCCUCUCCUCCCUCCGUACCGCCUCUCACGCCAUUCUCACCGCUUCCAACCGCUCCUCCUCCACCUCGAUCCACCACCCCUCCUGGUCCCGCCUGCUGACAGCUGUCGACCAGCGAUUGGACUCGGCAACUGCCGCCCUGGUGGGCCCUCUGUUGGAGUGCUACAGGGGAUGCCUUGCUGCUGCCGGCUGGCCGCCUCCCCUCAGGAGAGGAGGGGGAGGAGGAGGGGGAGGUGGGGGAGGAGCAGGAGGAGGAGGGGAAGUAGGAGGAGCCAACGCUCCUGCGGCUGCUGCUGGAUGUUCGGCACUGGACCGGCUUGCCGGACCUGAAGGCGAGCUUCGGGUGGAAUUCACGAGCCUGUUCAUGGCUCUGUGCUCUCUCCAGCAUGCUCAGAAGGUUAGACGAGCGGCAGAGCAGGUGCGGCUUCAAAGAGAGAGAGGGUUUGCUUAUAUGGAGGAUGGAGAGGAGGAGGAAGAGAGUGGAACGGAGGAGGAGGCAGAAGAAGCGGAUAGUGCUUAUAUGGAGGAUGGUAAUAUGAGCUUUGUUUUGGGUUCGGGCUUGCCUGCUGGCGACCUAGGGACUAUCCAGAACCUAGGGAAUAUCCAGGUUGAAGAGGCACUAUUAUGGGGGAUGGAGGAGUUGGUCCAGCCAAUAGCAUCGCAAGCCCGCCCCCCCUUCGACCAAUGGGGGGCGAGCGGGCGGCCGGAGUGGGCGUUUGCGCUGACCCUCCGGGUGGCGUUGACUGGCGUUGACUCGUUUGACCUGGCGCUACAGCCACUGGUAGACGAGGAGGGGCUCAGGGGGGUGAGUAUGAGGGAGGGGUGGGUUCGGGCCGUGGUUCGGAUGCUGCCGAUCCACUUCCUGCGGAGGUCCGUUGUGCCGAACCUGGCAGGGAAGCUUCUGGGAAGCGCAGGGGUAGAGGGAGGAGGGGGAGGUGGGGGAAGGGGAGCAGGGGGGGGGAGAGGAGGGGUAUGGGGAGGAAGGGGAGGAGGGGGAGGAGGGGGAGGAGGGCGGAAUGCAGGGAGUGGGGUGGGGAGAGAUGGUGGGGAUUGGGAGGGGGAUGAGGAAUGGGAGGAGGAGGUGAGUGGGAGUGAGGGGAAAGCAGCAGCAGCGAUGGAGUGGCUUCGGGUGGUGAGUGAAUGCAUCGCCUUUGAUUCGGCCAUGUCUCGCCUUCUAGUCUUUGGUUCAACUGCUGCUUCUGCUGCUGCUGGUGCUGGUGCUGGUUCUGGCGCCUUUGCUGCUGGUGUUGUUGAUGCUGCUGGUGCUGGCACUGGUGCUGGUGAGAAUUCUAGUGGCAAUGCUGCAAGCAUAUCAGAUCUCCCGCCGUCCGCGUCGGAUUUCUGGGCGGCGCUGCAAGUGGAGCCGACAGUGGGGGUGUUUGCGGAGCGACCUGAUUGGUUGCUGCUCUGGAUCCAAUUGGAGCGCACCAGCUCAUGCAGGAAGGUCCUAGCUGUCAUGGGUAGUGACGCUUCCUGGAAGGUUCCACGGGAUGGGGAGGAUGAGGCAAGCAUGGGUCUUCAGGAACUAUCUUCUUUUGGGUUGCUGAAAGCUACAGGUGCGAAGUCUAGAGCUUCAGGUGCUGAUAUUUCUGCUACAGCUGCAGCAGCAGGGGUGGUUGAGUUUCGACCGCCGCCCGUUGCUCUUCAGCUGGUUGAGAUUCUCCGGGCGGCUGUCUCCCGAUGUGGGCGGCUUUCCGGCACUGUAGCUAGCAGCGGGGACAGUAACGAGGGGAGCAGAAUGAUUACCAGCGCCAGGGCCAUAGGCCGCGGGCGGCAGCGCUUGUCCUUUGUCGAGGGACUGUGCCGCCCGAUUCUCUCGGUGUUUCUGAAAGAGACGGAGCAGCGAGCAGACGAGAUAGAGGCAGCAGGAGCACUGGCUAGGGAUGGGGAUCUGGAGGAAAUGGCGGGGUGCGCCAAUGCUGCUAGGUUUGUGGCGCAUGCGCUGGGGACGUGGCAGGAUGAGGGGUUUUUGGUAGAGGCGUGGGAGGAGGGGCGGAGGGAGAGGAGGGCGAGGAGGCAGGGGAGAGAGAGGGGGGGAGAAGGAGAGGAGGGGAGAGAACGAGUUGCGGAUGAGCAACAGCAGAGGAAGGAGAAUCAUCAUCAGCAGCAGCAGCAGCAGGAGAAGCGGGUUGAAGUGGCAGGAAGGGGAGAGGAGGCAGGUGAAGAGGAAGAGGAGUCAGGGGGGGAUGGAUGGGACCUGAUGGAUGCUGAGGAGGUCGAGAGAGACGGGGUCCAACACGGCUCUGACCCACAACAGCAGCAGCAGCAGCAGGGGGAACAGCAGCAGCAGGAGCUGCUUCCCCGUAGUCAGGAUCUACUAGACCAGUUCGAGGGCCCCGGUCCGGACCUCUUCUCCACCGAACUCCACCGCCUCGCAUCCCUGCACUCCACCGUCGUCUCCAGGCUGGCGACAGCUGUCGCGCGCGGAUUCGUCUCCCGUGCAGCCGAGUACCCGCGGGCCAUAGUGCGCGUCCAGGCCCCCCCCCCUCCCCUUCCUCUUCCUCCUGCUCCGACAGGUGCUCCACACUCAGACUCUUUCUCCCUGUCCUCCUCUCUCUCCCUGUCCCCCGCCCUGGUCGAUGCCCUCACCUGGCUGCGUCUGCGCUUGCUGUCCGCCCGGCACUCGCUCGACGCGACCCUCUUCUCCUCCCUCUGGCGCGCGCUUGCUGCUUUCCUGGACCGGUACCUUGUGGAUAAGGUCGUGCUGGGACGAGAUGUGACUAUAGGCGUGGGGGUUACAGAGAGUGCUGUUGGUGGGGCAAGCCUUGUGCUGGGCAGCUUGAAAUUCUCGGAGCGUGCCGGGCAGCAGUUUUCUUAUGAUAUGCAGGUGGUGAUGUCUGUGUUUGAAAUUGCCACCCCCCGCCCGCUCAACUUCUUCAAAAGGACGAGAGACGCCGCCCGGCUGAUGGCUAUGAGUGACAGGGAUGCCAAUGGGUUACUGUUCAUGCUGUCUCUAGUCAGCGGGUCUGGGGCAACAGACUCAUCACCAUCAUCCUCGUUAUUAGCUUCUUCAUCAACAAAGGCGAUGGCAUUCGCCAGUGCAGCCAUGGGCGCUGCUGGGGCAGCAGUUGGUGCUGGUGGCAGGGCUGUCGGCAUUGGCAGGGAUUCAGGGAUUGAUAGCAAUAAUGACAGAGAACAGGAGCAGCAGCAGCAGCAGCAGCAGCAGCAGCAGGAGAAGGUGGAGGAGGAGGAGAGGCAGCAGAGGGCAGCUGCAGCGUUGAGGAGGAGAGGGAUUUUGCAUCUGCAGGCAAGGGAAGUGCAAGCUGUGCUUGAAAGGCGUGCUCUGCCAAGGAGAUAGUGUGAGAGACACAGAACCGGAGCAGCGCAAAGGAGGAGACGCAUUCUGCAUUUGCAGGCAAGGGAAGUGCAAGCUGUUCUUGAGAGGCGUGCUCUGCCAAAGAGAUAGCUGGUGGUGGAAAUGGUUGGCACUUGAGAGCUUUGUUAUGGGUAGCUGUGUUACCUUUGUUGGAUUAGCAAAUCUACUCAAGGUUUUGCGAUGUCAUCCACCGCAGCUUUUGAUUGGUAGGCUGCUGCAUGCAGUACCCGCACCAUUGUGGGGUGGAUCUCCAUUUUCCGCCCAUAAGGUCAUUCAAU